AGUGACAGUCACUCAAAGCUUUUCUUGACUUCCUUCACAGCUAGGUCGAUCACCUCUGGUGUUUGUGGUGUCUGUCUCUCUGUGUGUGUGCGUGAGAGGCAGUGAGACAGAAUGGAGGAGCUGGCAGAGUAUCACGGGCACAUCAGCAAGAGGCAAGCAGAAGAGAUCCUGAGUAAAGCGGGCAGAGACGGCAGCUAUCUGAUCAGAGACAGCGCGAGCACAGCGGGGUCUUACUGCGUGUGUGUGCUGUGUGAUGGAUGGGUUUACACCUACAGAGUGUUCAAACGAAAGGAUGGCCUCUGGACAAUAGAGGUGGCUCCUGGGAUGAAGGAAAGGCUCUUUAGGAAAGUUGGCAACCUUAUUGCUGCCUUCAAGAUCCCAGACCAAGGCAUCUCUGUUCCACUUUUGUAUCCUGUAAACAGAGUGAAAUAAUAGCACACAAGCCAAAACAAACACAUCAGAGCAGUUUCACAUGCCGUAGAUGUGUGCAAGAGUAUCUUCUCUGGGGUCUCUUUAUACAAGGGGUAAACUGGAAAUGUUAUAAAUGCUGUAAAUUGUAAAAAAUUUUAAAAGUAUAUUUAAGUGUAUUAGAUUCUUCUUUUGAAGCAAUACGGCUGCUACAUUUAUAAUCAAAUGAAUACAGAAGCAGUUGCAAAUAAUCUAGUAUAAAGUGCCCCUAUUAUGGGUAAUGAAUUUUCAAAAAUCCAUAAUAGGGGAACUUUAAAUAAUUGUCCACCUCUGUUACAGUACACACCUUGUAUACUUCAGUUUUUAUGUAGACUUUAAUUUGAGAUUUUUUCCUUUUUUUGUUGUUGUUUAUGAAUAAUCGUCUCAUGUUAACUAUACAUUCUGUAAUCCUCACCUCAGAUAGUAUCAGCAACACAAAUACAGCCAGUUACAGAUCACUACAGAUACAAUGAACCCAUGAGAGAAGUAGGCCUUGAACUAAAUGUCAGAUCUGUUCUUAGCUUGAUUGCUAUCUUGUUUUCAGUCUAGAAAAGGGUUUGCUAACCAAGUGUUUCUGUUUAAAAGUUGUUUUAGAAGAUACGACUGGAAAUUGAACAAGAAACAACUGUUUUGUGCUCACAUUUUUUCAUUAAACUUAAUUGAGCAUCACAAUUCCUGCAAUAAUACUAUCACAUUAAUAAUAAUAAUUAAAAAAAAACAUAAAUUGGUCUUGCGUGUAAGGGAAUUUAGAGCCCCUUUGAUGUUGAAAAUUUAACCAACAAAAUUAUAUGCAUAAUUUACUUUUUCUUCCAAGA